CCUCUAUUGCGUUCGACGAUUAAACAGCUUGAAGAGGGACCUGAAGAUCAGAUUCCUAAUCAAGCUAAUACUGUUCUUCAUUGGACCUUUCCACGCGGUGAUUUAUUUCACUGGGUAGCUGUCUUGGAUAGAUUCGAUAGUAUUCUGAGUCGUGUCUGCAAAGAAUAUGAUAUUGAAGGCAAGAUCCAGUCCCGGGACUUUGACGCACCCACCAAAAAAUUGGUGUUAGCCAUCACCAACUUGUCUCGAGUAUUGUUUGAAAAUUGCACAAAUCGCAAUAUCUACAAUUCUUACGAUGAAAUGUGCAAUCUUCUCAAUACGUUUGACCUUGAUGUAACAGAGGCCGUUCUGCGGUUUAUCUUACGCCCCGCUCAGCGUGUGAACAACCCGCGGGCUAUUAGAUCCAACUUCAACCCGCCGCACGAGCAUAUAUCAUUUAUGGUGCCAGCCUGGGGCUCGUGUAAGAACAUCGUGCAGUGCUGCAGGGAUGAUAUGGAGAUAACCGACGAUAUGACGGUUGUGAAGAUGAAGUUCUAUCGCUUCUCAGACGACCAAAACAAGGCACCUGUUGAGAACAACGGGACAGAGGAAGGUGUUCAGUUGGUGAAGUUGGAUGUGGAUGACAAACUUACCCUGGCCAAUGGAAUCCGUAUCGCAAAAUAUAUCACAAACCCUACCUCUCGACGACAGCUAGUAGUUAUUCGUUUGCUGGCAUUGGCCAUUAUGGGCCAUACUGUAUCUGAGACAGGAGCACACACACGCGUGUUCCAGUACGAUCCGCAACUCAUCACAAGCAUAGUCGAAUUACUUCAGCCUGAAAAGGCCAUGCCAGUGGAGGUACAGACAUGCGCCCUGUAUGCCCUAGAGGCAUUGGCCAGAUACCGGGGCAAGCUCCCGGAGAUGCUGGCUGCCGUCAAUGCCUCUGCGAAUCAUGGUGUUUUAAUGCAGAUGUUACGGAAAAUCAAUACUCCCGAAAUAGAACAUGGUAAGGGCACUUAUUAA